CAAAAAAGAGCAAUCCACAAUGUACUACAUUUCACUUAAAGCGAACUUGCAGUAUUAAAGACCCAUCCUUCAGUCACUGAAAAAACCCUUAACCUUUUUCUUUUUUUUUGGUAUCUUUUCCAAAAACCCUAAAAUUUCCUCUGAAUCCACCUAUCUAUUCCCCACACGAUCAGAAUCCAUGGCAGAAACGAAGAGCGGGAAAGAACCUGCAUUGCCCACCACCAAACGCAAGGCUGAUCUCAGUUCCCAAGACCACGAGUGUUCCCCACUGAAAGCCCCUAAAAUUGACACCCACGAGAACAAUAACUUGGGAGCCUCUGGUAACUACGAAUCCUCAGUUGCCAAAUUAAAAACCAGGGAAAAAGAACCUGAAAUUGAUGCUGAGGAAGAAGACGGAGAUGGUGACUACGAGGAUGAAGACGAUGACGAAGCUGUGAAUGGCAACGCUCAUCUGGACAGAAAAGGGAAGGGAAUUUUAAUUGAAGAGGAGGAUGAUAGUCAUGACAACGACGACGACGACGAUGAUGAUGAUUCCAGCGAUAGCGAGGAAGAAUCAGACGGUGACAGCGAUUUAUCGGACGAUCCGUUGGCUGAGGUUGAUACGGACAAUAUUUUGCCGUCGAGGACACGGAGGCGGGUGGUCCAGCCUGGGGUUUACAUUGCGAACGAUCUUGGAAACAAAGGUAAUGAUGAAGACAGCAACGACAGCGAUGCUUAAGGCUGAGGCUGUAAUUUAGGUCUAAAUUUGGAGGUUAGUAAUAGUAAUUUUUAUGAUAUUGUGCUAUUUUUCAAUUCAUAGCUGCGGGAAUCGUUGAGUGAGAACAUCUUGCAACUCAAAUUUAGGAUAUUUAAAUUGAAAAUUUCUUUUCUUUUGUUUCAAGUUUUGAAUUUUAUC